AUGGAGCGAGAGCUCCGACUGAAAGCUUUCAUAGAAGAGUAUGCUCGCGUCGUGCAGCUAUUCGACGACAUCGUUUCGAUGAAAGAAUCUAUGGGAAGGCUGGAAACGUACAUGGUGAUCAUGGUUUGUCAAGUUGGAGUUGCUAUGAUUCACAAAGAAACAGCGGUGAGUAUCAGCUGGAACAUCGAUUUGAAAGAAAUCCGUCGAUGUCACCAGAAAAGAAGACGGUUCCUUAACAGAUCACAAUCCCCUGGAAUUCGCUCCACAUUUUGCAACUGCCGGGAGAUGUGCAAUCUUCAUUUUUUUCUCCGCGGACUUCAUAACGUACAAUAA